UCAACCAGCACAGCAAUGGCGGCGGUGGCGAAAUGGGCUCUCCUGCUCCUCCUAGGCCUCGCACUCCUCGCACCGGCUGCGCAAGCUGCCGAUAACAAGGACAAAGAUAAAGAGAAGGAUAAGGAAAAAGACAGAGACAAAGAUAAAGAUAAAGAUAAAGACAAGGACAAGGACAAGGACAAGGACAAGAACAAGAACAAGUCUCCGCCGCCGCCACCACCGUACCAUCCUCCGCCACCCCCACCGCGUGUGCCAUCUCCCCCGCCACCGAUCGUUUCAUACUCGCCUCCACCUGUCGUGUCGUCUCCACCGCCACCGUUGCCUUCGUCACCUCCUCCGCCCGUCGUCUCGUCGCCGCCACCACCGGUGCCUUCGUCACCUCCUCCUCCCGUCGUCUCGUCGCCACCACCACCGUUGCCUCAGUCACCGCCUCCGCCGGUCGUCGUCUCGUCUCCACCACCACCACUGCCUUCGUCACCACCCGUGCCCGUGCCAUCUCCACCGACCAGCAACGUGGUCUACUGCAAGAACACCACGGGGUACCCCACCUGCACGGCGCCGGCGACCUGCCCGAAGAAGUGCCCGCAGUCGUGCCACAUGGACUGCGACACCUGCAAGCCCGUCUGCGAUUGCAACCUGCCCGGCGCGGUGUGCGAGGACCCGCGCUUCAUCGGCGGCGACGGCAACACAUUCUACUUCCACGGCCGCCGGGACCGGGACUUCUGCCUGCUCUCCGACGUCAACCUCCACAUCAACGGCCACUUCAUCGGCAGCCACGUCCCAGGCGCCAGGAGGGACCCGACCUGGGUGCAGGCCAUUGCCGUGCAGUUCUCGGGGCACCGCCUCUACGUCGGCGCGCGCAAGACCGCCGCGUGGGACGACGACACCGACCGCCUCGCCAUCGUUUACGACGGCGCGCCCGUCGAGGUCCAGGGCGUCGCGAACGUCAGGUGGGAGGCGCCCUCCUCUCCCCUAUCCGUGACGCGGACCAAGGCGGCCAACGGCGUCCUGGUGGAGCUCGCCGGGGUGUUCAAGAUCACGGUGAUCGCGGUGCCCAUCACGGAGGAGGACUCGAGGGUCCACAGCUACGGGCUCCGCGACGGCGACUGCCUCGCGCACCUGGACCUGGCCUUCAGGUUCUACUCGCUCACCGACGACGUGCACGGCGUGCUGGGGCAGACGUACAGGAGCAGCUACGUGAACCGGCUCGACGUCGCGGCGAGGAUGCCGGUCAUGGGGGGCGAGAGGGACUUCGCCGCAUCGGGCCUGUUCGCCACCGACUGCCCCGUCGCCCGCUUCGCGCACGGCCGCCGUGCCGAUGCGCUCGCCGUUGCCUCCGACGAGCUGAUGACCAGCGUCAAGUGCUCAGCCGGCCUCGAUGGCGUUGGAGUGGUGUGCAAGAAGUAAGACAGACCACGCGCGCGCUCGUGCGCCGUGUAGCAGAGAAAUAAUCAGUGUGCACGUACGCACAUAAAAAUGAUAGUGGGUUCAAUAAGCUACUCCAUGAACGUAGCCGUGGAAAGAUUCUUAUUGCACAAUCUUUUUCACUAUUC